AUGAAGGCGCCUCUUCUCCUCUCUAUACUAUCAUUAUCGUAUUCAAUAUUGGCGGUUGUAGCAGACGAAAGGCCGUGCACAAUUCAUGCCUCCAAUGGUGACUACUUUGAUCUGAACCCUCUCAAGGCCAGCAAGGACUACACAUUCUCCUCACCGGGUGGGAAGGAAUUUAGGAUUAAUGUAUGCAGGUCAGUCGCGUCUGAGACUUGGGGUCUUGACGACCCCGACGUUGGUGGAGUUGUUAGACGGGACCACGGAGAUUUCUCGCUUGGAAAGACCAACACGACUUUGGACCUUUCACCCGAAAAUAUCGUCCGGAUAGUACUGACUUCUGGUUCACGGUGUAAUUCCCAAUAUACUGCCAACACUGUCAUUGAAUUCAUCUGCGAUACUGCUGUUUUUGGCGCUGGGGCACCCAAACUUCUCGCACAACUGCCUCAAGGAGAUGAUGAAGCCUGUGCAUUCUUUGUGGAAUGGCGAACACAUGCAUGUCCCACUACCUUUUCAUUUGCUUGUCCUACCGGCGAACGCUCAGGACCAUGGGGAUUUUUCGCAUCCCUUAUUGUCAUCAUUCUUGUCCUUCUAAUGCUCUACCUUACCCUUGGAACUCUUCACAACCGAUACGUGCUACGCCUACAUGGAUUCGACCAGAUUCCACAGUUCAACGUCGACUCAAUGCGGUACCAUCUCAAAGAGGGCCUAGAUUUGUUUAAAGACUGGAUGGCAGGGAUGUACGAAGGUGGUCAGGGUGCAGGCUGGUCGCGCUCCAGUCAAGGCGGUGCCGGUGGAUUUAGCGGCAGAACCAACCCCGUAAGCCAUCAGAGUGGUGUGGAUACGGGAGAUGGCGAUGGAGGAUUCGUGCGACCGCCUCGUAAUGGAACCGCAGCGAAAACGAACCCUGUCUCACAUCAGUCUCAAGUUCAAAAACUAUCAUCUCAACCUCAACCAGAUCUGCAGUCGCGACAAUAUCAGAAGAAGAAAGAAGAAGGGACCGCUGAGGAGAGGGCUCCAUUUAUGUUGGGUGAGGAUGAUGAAGAUGACGAUGUGACCAACGCUCCUCCGACCCAACCAUCUUCAUUUACGCCAGCUGUCUCUGUGGCCCCGUUAGAGUCGACCGCUACCUCAAUUCAACCUGCUGUUGAGUCUGCCAACAAUGCUGCUGCUUUCAGAGGUCGAGAUUUGGGCAGCGGAAGAGUUACUCGUCUGUGA